GAGCUAGCGUCUUCCAGUUGAAGAAUGGAGAAGAACACGGAGACAAAACCUAUCAUCGCGACCAACAUUGACUCAUCGGCGAUGGACCUGACCUGUAUGACUAAAGAGCAACCGGUGUCUACGUCGUCGCGGCACAGUGAGGGCGGGGAGCCGCCGGCUGGCAGACUGAAGCUAUUCAACAAAGUCAUGGAGAGAAGCCUCAAUAAGUACAUAGACGACGCUAGUUUCCAGAGGUUCGCCAAAACAUUCCACCCGUUCUACAAGAGGAACCCCCAAGUGAUGGAGGACAUUCACAAGCAGUUCGUGUCGGACCUGCAGAGGACUAUCCAGGAGGACAUCACUAAACUGAUGGAGGAGGGAGAGCUCAAAUGCAAACUAGAUGAACUAGACAAGUUGGAGAGAGCUGAGAAAGACAACAAAGAACCUGCAUGGCGACCCAGUGGAGUACCGGAGGAGGACCUGUGUGACUUUGUGAUGCCCUACUACCUGAAAUAUGAGGCCCACCUGCAGAAGGAGAUUAAGAAGAUCCAGGCAGAGAACGCCGCUCUGGCCAAGCGGGUGCAGUCUGGCAGGGAUGCCAUCGCCUCCACAGAACUAGGCAUCGCAGCAGCGGUGGACAAGUGGAAGGAAUCUGUAAAAGAAUCCGAGAAGCUGUUGGCGUGUCCAGCUGAUACCUUUGCUGUGUGACGUUAUUUUCUUUCUGAGAAAUGUAAAUUCGUUUAUUUGUACAGAUACAGUAGUUUCAUAUGCCUUUUUUGAUGUUAAAUAAAAAAAAAAAUCAUAAUAAAAUAUACGGAUAUUG